UCUGAUAAAGGUGGGGCAACGUGAACUUUUGGAAACCUAGUAUUGGUGAUUUGGUGCCAAUAGUCUCUUUUUUAUUCCCAAAGAAACAAAAGAAAAGCUAUACACUACCAAUUUUAUAAAAUUUAGUCACAAAUAAACUUUUGUACUGUCUGGUUGCUGAAUCUUGGGGUUCAAGGGACCCUACCAAUUCCUUGAUGGAAGGGCUUAACAGUUUAUUCUGUAAUUGUAAGGUUUCUAAAGUGCAAUUCUACACAUACUUUAUUUUAUUCUAUGAUCAUAGCCUCAUGGCUAAGCUUCACAAUAAAAAAAAUGAGACACCUUGAUUCACAAAAGAACUGAACUUUAUUUUGAGUUAUCCAACUCAUAGUUUCUACAGCACAGAAACAUAUUGCAUAUGCAAUGAGCAAGAAUAAGAAACACAUGAAGUCUCUCAUGGGAAAAGUGCAAGGUUUUAGCCUUCCAUCUCUUGGUGGUUGCUUUGACGGCUGUCGCGACCAAGCACAAGGCUCGGGAUUCGGGACGAGGAUAUGGAACCUGAGUGAUAAGCCAGUGGAGCUGCAAAUAAGGGUGGGAUCAAUACUGAAAAAGAUUCAUACAUUGAAGCCAGGGUCUUCAAAGAGACUCAAAUGUAAAAACAUAUAUAAGGCAUAUAUGCCUAGGAAUGGCAGUGUUGGUGAAAAUUUGAAGAACUUGUUGUAUUCCUAUGAUGAAACUAGUCAUCCUUAUAUUUGGAUUCAUGACACUGGGUGUCAUAAUUCCUUAAAGAUGGUUAAGCAACAGUAUAUUAGUCUUGAGGAUAUGAGGGAUUCUUCAGAGAUCAAAAUCUUUAGGGAUCAUCAAAGAGGUUCUAUAUCAGUUCGGAAGAGAAUGAGGCCAGAUUUCUGCUCAAUUUGACUUUUUACACUAUUUGUUUGUCAAGGGUUGGAAGUGACAUAUUUUUUUCUUCUUUAGUUCUGGGUUUAUGUUUUCUUUUUGCAUGUAUUGUUGUAACAUAAUUUUGUUCUAAUGUUUACCAAGGGAGAUUAUAUGACAGACAAGAAUGAAGAAGUGUGAAAAAUGAAUAGGAGUUGGGAUUUACUAAAAAGAAAUCUUAAAUUUGUUCUUUUU